CGCGGCCGCCCCGGAAGCGCUCGGUGCGCCGUGACGGAGCAGCGCGGAGAUGGCGGCGGUGUCGGCGCUUCGGGCCCCGAGCGGCGGAUUCAGCUUCGACAACUGCGCUCGGAACUCGCUCCUGGAGGCCGAACUCGGGCAGAAGGGGCAGCGGCUGCCCGCGGCCCGCAAGACGGGCACCACCAUCGCGGGAGUCGUCUUCAAGGAUGGCGUGGUGCUGGGAGCCGACACGAGGGCGACCGAAGGGAUGGUCGUCGCUGACAAGAACUGCUCGAAAAUACACUACAUCUCUUCCAACAUCUACUGUUGUGGUGCGGGCACAGCUGCAGACACUGAGAUGACGACUCAGCUGAUUGCUUCCAAUCUGGAGCUCCAUGCGCUGUCUACAGGACGACUUCCACGUGUGGUCACAGCUAAUCAAAUGCUAAAGCAAAUGCUUUUCAGGUAUCAAGGCUAUAUUGGUGCUGCCUUGGUUUUAGGAGGUGUAGAUGUCACUGGACCUCACCUUUACAGCAUAUAUCCCCAUGGAUCAACUGACAAAUUGCCUUACGUUACCAUGGGUUCUGGCUCACUGGCAGCUAUGGCUGUUUUUGAAGAUAAGUACAAACCAGACAUGGAGGAAGAAGAAGCCAAACAGCUUGUGAGGGAUGCCAUUGCAGCUGGCAUAUACAAUGAUCUGGGCUCUGGCAGUAACAUAGAUAUCUGUGUUAUAAGCAAGAACAAGUUGGAUUUUAUCCGUCCGUACGACGUGGCCAACAGAAAAGGUGAAAGGUAUGGCAGAUACAAGUGUGAGAGAGGAACUACUGCUGUUCUCACAGAGAACGUAGCACACCUGGAAAUUGAGGUGGUGGAUGAAACUGUACAAACCAUGGAUACUUCCUGAGCAGCUGCUGCCUCACCGAGGACACACAUGAGGUGUGUUUCAUUUUUGGAAGCCUUCCUGCUUGGAGAGAAAUAUGCAACUCAUACAGAAUAAAUAAAGAGGGGUCUGACCAUUCUCUUAA